AUGAAGAGCAAGCGGGAGAGAAAAGAUGAACAAAAAAGAAGGCAAAUUACUUUAAAUUUGCUAAAGAAAAUCGACGACACCAAUCAAAUGAGGUUCCCACGUAUGAAAGUUCGCUCCCGUUAUCAGCAGACUAUUGUUCACCACAUUAAAGUCAUUUUGAUAACACUAAGAAACAGGCACGAAGGUUUGAAGUAG